AUUCAGGCUAAUAGCUCAACAUUGUGCUUCCUGUUGGCAGUGGGACAGCAAAGUAGCACAGUCAGGAGAGCUGCCCAGAUUAAAGCUUUGCUUAGAUCCUCUCUGGGGGGACAUAUCACAGUAAAACCACCCAUUAAUGAUGGUUCUAGAAAGGGACAAAGAUGUGUUUGGAGAGCCAAUUCCUUUUUGCCCACCCCUCUGAAUCAAGGCAAUAGUAACUUCAUUGUCCUGCUCUGAUGGAGUCUAGCCCUGGCAACUCCACACACUUCCUCAGCAUGCAUAACGUAUAACCCAAAAAUGGAGUGUGCAGUGAAAGCCUGGCCUGUAGAGCAGGACAAGAUGGGAACCACGUCUCAGUAAUGGCAGCACAUAGGAGAAGGAUGAAACGUUUGGCACUGUAAGGGUUCUUGAAGUGAUGAAUAAUUGCAAAAAGCACAAUUGAAAGCUAACUCUGGGACAAGCCUAUUUGGGAGCAAUGAUGUAGCAAGAGAGAACUAGGGACAAGUAUCUCCUGGCAUGUGCCUAAAGUUGUCAGAGUAGGCUACAGAUAUUGCUAUUUCAGUUGGGGGUUGCCAGGCGGGGUUCUUCGCACAAACAUUACCAAUUGGUUUUCCUAUUUUAAGUUUAGAUAAGCCCCUCCCCCACCCCAAAUAAUGACUAAAGUUGUUAUCCCAACUGGUUGGCUUAUUUGUGAAAUAACUGUACGAGGAAGCUGCACUUAUCUGCACAAGCAUCCACAUCAACCCUGGUUUGACAGCAGUGGUAAAAACUGCUAGAUGUGGACUGAACCUUCCACCAUUGUUACUGUAACUCUCUCACUAACAUAACUGAGCUGUAGUGAAGCUAGAUCAACGGCGGGAGAACAUAUGAAAAUCCUCUGUGUAGAUUCAGCCUCAGAUAGGAGCAGAGGCAAUAGAAUUCCUAUCAGAGUAAUCUGCCUGUGGCCAGUACCAGAUGCUUGAGAGGAACAUGAAGCGCAAUGGGAGCAGAAAUUGCUUGAACAGGAGGAGUCGGUUUGGCUCCCAUGAGAGAGACUGGCUGAAAGAGGAUGUUGGGCGAGGCUGUGUAUACAUUUAUGGAGCAGACUCUGCAACUUCAAUGUCUUCUAACGUGCACUUGGUCCUUUGUACAGUGGAUACCCUGGCAUCUGAGAUCCGUGAUGAAGAGGGUAGGGAGAACCUCUAUUUGCAGCUCCAUGGAGACCUGGUCAGGAGGCUGGAGCCUGCAGAGAAACCCCUUCAGAUUGUGUAUGAGUACUUGGCUGGGCUCGGCUUUGAGGAUCUUGUGAGAAUACAGGAAGAGGCAGCAAACUCUGAUCUCAGCUGCAUGAUUCGCUUUUACAAUGAAAAGCCAUGUCAAGUGGAGCAACUAGACCGAACCCUUCUGUCUGGGGUCUAUAAUGUGCGCAAAGGGAAGACACAGUUGCACAAGUGGGCAGAACGCUUGGUCAUUCUCUGUGGCACCUGCCUCAUCGUAUCCUCAGCGAAGGAUUGCCAUACAGGAAAGAUGCACAUCCUGCCUCUUGUUGGAGGGAAGGUGGAAGAAGUGAAGCGUCGGCAGCACUCACUUGCUUUCAGCUCUGCUGGUGCACAAGCUCAAACCUACCAUGUUUGCUUUGAAACGCUAUCAGAGUACCAGAGAUGGCACCGGCAGGCAUCCAUGGUGGUGUCUCAGAGACUCAGCACAGUUGAUCUGUCUUGUUAUAGCCUUGAGGAGGUACCUGAGCAUCUCUUCUACAGUCAAGACAUCACCUACCUCAACCUGCGACACAACUUUAUGCGACUGGAUGGAUCAGGGGGUCUUGACUCUCUUUGCAGGUUCUCUCAGCUGAAAGGCCUGAACCUGUCCCAUAAUAUGCUGGGGGAGCUUCCUAUAUUACUGUGUGAGAUCUCCACUCUGACUGAACUCAACAUUUCCUGUAAUGGGCUUCAUCACCUGCCAAGCCAGAUUGGCAACCUGUUCAAUCUCCAGACCUUAUGUCUUGAUGGGAAUUUCCUCACAUCCUUGCCAGAAGAGCUGGGAAACCUGCAGCAGCUCUGCUCCUUCAGGCUUUCCUUCAACAACUUCAGUGAGGUCCCAGUGGUCUGUGGGAAACUCACUGCCUUGGACAAACUGGCCAUGGCAGGGAACCAGCUGGAAACCCUGAACCUUGGAGUGCUGAACAGGAUGAGCCACAUUAGAUAUGUGGAUCUUAGGCUGAACCACCUGAGGAGAUUAUCUGUUGACAGCCUGGAGGGGAACAAAUCUGUGACCCACAUGGAUUUGCGAGACAAUCAGCUGACUGACCUGGAUCUGAGCUUCCUUGGCUGUCUGGAGCAGCUGCACUGUGAGCGGAAUCAGCUGAGGGAACUGACUCUGAGUGGCUUCUCCCUUCGGGCCCUCUAUGCCAGCACCAACUGUCUGAUGACUGUAAAUGUUUAUCCUGUCCCUAGUCUGCUGACCUGCCUAGAAAUCUCCCGUAACCAGCUGCUGUGUAUCCCUGACUGGGCCUGUGAAGCAAAGAAACUUGAGGUUUUGGAUAUGAGCUACAAUCUCCUCACAGAGCUUCCAUCAAGGACCCUGAGUAAUUUGAGUCUUCGGAAGUUGAUGGUGGGACACAACCAUGUGCAGAGCCUUCCACCUCUGCUGGAACACAUUCCUCUGGAGGUGCUGGACCUCCAGCAUAACCUGAUCACUAAACUCCCGGAGAUGUUCUUCUUCAAGGCUCUGAAUCUCAGGUACCUGAAUGUAUCUGCCAACAGCCUGGAGUCCUUGCCAUCUGUUUGCCCUGGGGAAGAGAGUCUCAGUGUGCUGCAACUACUUUACUUGACCAAUAAUAACCUCACAGAUCUGUGCAUCCCUGACCUGGUGGGACACCCAAACUUACGGGUCCUGCACCUGGCAAUCAACCAACUGCAAACCUUCCCUGCAAGCAAACUGAGCAAACUGGAACAACUGGAAGAGCUGAACCUGAGUGGCAACAAGCUGAAGACGAUUCCUACAACGAUCGCAAACUGCAAGCAACUGCACACACUUAUUGCGCACUCAAAUGAGAUUAGUAUCUUCCCAGAGAUCCUGCACCUACCUCGUAUUCAGUUUGUAGAUUUGAGCUGCAAUGAACUAACAGAAAUCGUGAUCCCUGAGAUGCUGCCAGCUACCUUGCAGGAGCUGGACCUAACUGGAAACACGAACCUGGUGCUAGAACACAAGACCCUGGACAUCUUCAGUCACAUUUCCACCUUGAAGAUUGAUGCCAAGCCCUCCCUCACGGCAGACUCAGCACUCUCCUCUACGCUUUGGAAUCAUGGGUUAGCCGAGAUGGCUGGCCAGAGGAAUAAGCUCUGUGUGUCGGCCCUGGCUCUGGGGAGCUUUGCCGACAGUGUGGAAGCUAUGUACGGCAUGUUCGACGGUGACAAGAAUGAGGAGCUGCCUCGUCUCCUGCAAUGCACUAUGGCAGAUGUGCUACUGGAGGAGGUGCAGCAGUCGAACAUAGACUCUGUUUUCAUGUCUAACACUUUCCUGGUCUCCCACAGGAAGCUGGGGAUGGCUGGCCAGAAGCUGGGCUCCUCUGCUGUUCUCUGCUAUAUUCGACAUGAUGCUACUGACCUGACUGGCAGCUUCACUCUGACAUUGGCCAAUGUGGGCACAUGCCAAGCUAUUCUGUGCCGCAGUGGAAAACCCUUGCUUCUUUCCAAAGUCUUCAGCCUGGAACAAUAUCCUGAGGAGGCCAGGAGAGUCAAGGAGCAAAAAGCCAUCAUAACAGAGGACAACAAAGUUAAUGGUGUUACCUGCUGUACUCGGAUGCUAGGCUGCACGUACUUACAUCCUUGGAUCCUGCCCAAACCUCAUGUCUACUCCAUUCCCCUGACUGUGGAGGAUGAGAUGCUCCUACUGGGAAACAAAGCCCUCUGGGAACACCUCUCUUAUACAGAGGCAGUCACGGCUGUACGCCACCUGCAUGACCCACUAGCUGCUGCAAAGAAGGUCUGCACUUUAGCCCAAAGCUAUGGCUGCCAAGACAAUGUGGGAGCAAUGGUGGUGUGUUUGAACAUUGGUGAGGACAGCUGCACAUGUGAGGUGCACGGCCUCACCUUGCCAGGCCCUGGGGGCAUUAUUUCCACUGCCAAAGCAGCAACACCUUCCUCCAGUAGUGGAAUUGCCUCAGAGUUCAGCAGUGAGCUGUCAGCCUCAGAAGUCAGCAGUGAGGUGGGAUCCACUGCGUCAGAUGAGCACAGUGGAACUGGUCUGGAUGCCGGGUUGGUGCCUCGACCCGAGCGACGCUGCAGCCUCCAUCCCGUGCCCCCCUUCAGUAUCUUUCAGCGCCAACCUUCCUGUGCCACAUUCUCGAGUAAUCAGUCUGACAAUGGGCUGGACAGUGAUGAUGAGCAGCCUGUGGAGGGUGUGAUGACCAAUGGCAGCAAAGUGGAGGUGGAAGUGGACAUCCACUGCUGUCAAGGAAAAAGCCUGGAGCCUGUGCCUCCUGGUGCUGAGGAGGGAUCUCCUGCUGCAAGCUCAGAGGAUGACUCUGGGGGGCUCUUCUUCAGGAUUUGGAGACAGAACAGCAUGAAUAGCAACAUCCUCCUGGCAGGAACCAAGGAGACGUGCGAGUUGCAGAAGUCUCCUUCUACAUGCUGUCUGUAUGGGAAGAAGCUUUCCAAUGGCUCCAUAGUGCCUCUGGAGGAGAGCCUCAACCUUAUUGAGGUAGCCACAGAGGUGCCGAAGAAGAAAACAGGUUAUUUUGCUGCUCCUACCCAGCUGGAGCCAGAGGAUCGAUUUGUUGUGCCCCCUGACCUGCAGGAGGAAGUGAAGGAGCAAAUUAAGCAGCACCACGAGAGUGGUGCAAAGCAGGAGCCCAGUAAGAAGGCUGCAAUGGCUCCUCCAGAUGAGUUUGACACUGCUUUGUAACCCCACCGGGCCACUCCAUAAUGUAGGGGAGUUGGCAUCUGGAAGAAAAGGAACAGACAUCAGCUCCCUUUUUAUUGGAGUGGAGGACAAGCCUGGAGCUUUAUACUCAGGGCUGUCAGCUUCUUGACGCAGCAUCCCUGCUGUUCUGUGAGCCCAGGGUACUCGGGCUAGCAACCAAGCUCCAUGCUGGGGAUUGUCUGGCAUUUAAGAAGGCAGACUUACCUAUGUGUGGUCCCACCAUCUGCCAUUAACCCUUGCCCUCCUGAGGAGUUGCCAGGCAGUGGGCUGGUUUCUGUGUGGGAGCUGAGGGGGCAGCUGUGGUUAUGCACAGCGUCUAGAGUUCUGUGAAAUAUUUGAUUCAGCCAUCAUGAUGGGACUGGUCACUUGGCUUUACUAUUCAGAGAAUACGGCCUGUCACAAUGAAGCUUACUAGAGACACAGAACCCGUCAGAGAACUGAUUCUUAUAUGCAUCGCAAGCACUUUCAUUGGCUGCACUCGAGCCAUUUUGCUCCCCAUCUGCCCAGCACUUUACUGUUUAGGGAGAAGGGGCUUCAGUAACCUCACAACGGGUAUUAGGGGGGAUUCCUCCACAUGGGAAUUAGUGCCCUACUGAUAGGUUCAUCCAGGGGCACUGGGGGAGCUGAGGUAGUUUUGUCACUACUUGUUAUGAGGUUAUCCAGGGGCUUCCUUCCAACCUGAAGGAUACAACUGGGGCAUGAGGGUUGGGGGCCCCCAAUGACAGAUCUGACCAUGGGGCAUGGAGAAGUUCCAGGAGGGGUUUGGCUGUCUCCACAACAAAUAUGAUAAUGGGGUGGGCUAGUGUGUACAGCCAUAAGGAAUAGGGGGUUGGCCACCCCCCUGGUGUGCACUUCAAGACAGAGCCUUCCAUAUCCACGAGACAUGGGAUGAAGCCAGAAUCCCCUGCAAAGCACGGAGUCUGUGCUGUGUGUGGUGUCCUUAGCUGGCAGAAGCUAAGAAUUGUGAGUGGGGAGUCUUCAUCUUGUCCAUCAGGGUGUUUGGUUUGUAGCAGUAAAGGCUAGUGAGCCACCAGAGUGCCUUGCAUGUGCUGAGAAGGUCUCUGAUGGUCCAUUUCACAUGCACUCCCUCUAACACACACUGCAAAAUAUGAAGCCCCUACACUGAAGCAGCAAAAGCACCCUUGCCUGUCUCAGCAGAAUCAGAGUCCAGGGCUGCUUGUGCUCCAGCUGCAAGUGCCCAGACCAGGAAGUGAACAAGAUGAAGCCGUGUAGUUUCUGCUUAGUUUUAAACUCAAAAUGGAAAAUGGAAUUUUUCCCAAAUACAAACAUUUUUAUCAGCACACUCGAGGAAAAAAGGACUUUAGAACAACUCUGGAGAGUAGCAGUGAGCUGCCCAGCGCCCACGGCAAAUGUGUUCCAGUUUCUAUCUUCAGGGCCUGGAUGGGCCAGUAUGCAGUGUGGUGCCCUGAUAGCACUUUUCCGGCUGCUUUUCCAGGAUUUAAGCAUUCAUCUUUACAAAAGGGUUGCAAAGACAACCUUCCAUCUGUGAUCCAGGCAGAUCGUCUUCCUGAGUCUGCAGUCCAGGAGCUAGGAACAAUAGCUCUGAGGUGAGAGCUGCCUCUGUAAUCUCAGGGUAUUGUCUACACUACAAUUAAACAUCUGCAGCUGGCCUGCGUGGGCUCCAGAACUAUUUAUUUGCAGUAUAGACAUUCAGGCUGGGGGACCCCACAAGGAGGAAGGGUCCCAGACCUGGGUUCCUGCCUGAACACAAACAUCUACACUGCAAUUAAACAGCCCCAAGCCCUGUAAGCCUGAGUCAGCCCUAUCCAGGCCAGCCCCAGGUGUUUAAUUCCAGUGUAGACAUACCCUUAGUGGUAUGACAACACUGAUAGCCUCGUUAUGACAUUGUAUGGGAUUAGUGCCCUUUCUUGUUGUGUUUACUUUUUUCUUAUGUCUAGGAAGAAAGUCUGAAAGGUUUUUCCAAAAGAGUUCUGGGCUUUUGGGGUGAGUUUUAUUUUGUUUGGUGUGUUUAUUGUUUGCUUAUCUUUUA